CCUAAACUGCCAGAGAAGAAAAAAAUGGCGCGUACAAAGCAAACUGCUCGCAAAUCCACCGGUGGCAAGGCACCAAGGAAGGAACUCGCCACAAAGGUUGCUCGUGCUCCAAGAGCAAAAGGAGGCGGAAAAUCUAUGAGAAAAAUGAGGGAAGGCCACGUCAAGAAGCCUCAUCGUUUUCGUUGCGGAACAGUUGCUCUUCGUGAGAUACGUAAGUAUCAGAAGAGUACCGAACUUUUGAUCCGUAAACUUCCAUUCCAGCGUCUUGUUCGUGAAAUUGCUCAGGAUUUCAAGACGGAUUUACGAUUCCAGAGCCAUGCGGUUCUCGCACUUCAGGAAGCAGCGGAAGCAUAUUUGGUUGGUUUGUUUGAGGAUACCAAUUUGUGUGCAAUUCAUGCUAAGAGGGUUACCAUUAUGCCUAAGGAUAUUCAACUUGCUCGCCGUAUCCGUGGUGAACGUGCUUAG